GUUGUCAUUGUCAUUGUCAUCAUCAUGUUAAUACAGGUCAUUUACAAAAUCCAACUAAUAAUUAUUUAUAUUUUCCACAACAACAUGAAGAAAAACGAACAAAAAAUCAAAUUUUUCCUUUUAUUUUUUAA